GUGUUGUGAUAGCGUUCGGUCCGCGACCGCACGCAAAACACAUACUCGCCGCGCGGUAACCCCGCCGCCAGGGUGGAUGUGCGUCUGUUCCGACGACCGUGAGUACCGUUUGGGUUAUGCGGCACCACGAACAGCAGCAAGAUGACCGCGACAACGAGGAAGCAGACGGCAGCAGCACCAGGGAACUGCGGCAUCGCGCCGCCUCCUCGGCCGCCGCGGCCUCGGAAGCGGGGCGUCUCCACGGAGAGAGGGGCAGGAGACACCACUCGAGCGCGGACAUUCGCCGGCCGGACGUGAGCGCCCUAUCCGUGGAGAUAGCGGUGGCCACGGUGCAGAACAAUGAACGGCAGCAGAGGCAGCAACGCGAGCAGCACAACGCCGCGCAGAGUGAGCACCACGUUCCUGGGGGACUGACUGAAGUAGGAACAGCGGCAGCGGCAGCAGCAGCAGCUGGAGCGGGCAGCAGGAAAGCCCCCCACAGACGAGCGAGUUCUCUGGUCUCGCGUGUGUUCGGCGGGAGCGCGGGCAGCAGCGCGGCGAGGGGCUAUCGGGCGGCUUCGCUGGGGGAGCGGCACGGUAGGGACUCAUCCAGUACCGACAGAGCGAGCUCGACAGACCGAAGGCACGAGGGCGACGAGGAAAAGCAGGCAGAGCAGUUGAGAGACGAGGAAGAGGAAGAGGAGGAAGAAGACUCCCAACACCAGCACGUCGUUCGGCGUCACGAGCCCCAGCGCUCGGUGCCCAGCGUCGUCGAUCUCUUCCGGCUCGAGCCCUCGAGCUUCACCCAGCCUACUACGCCCGCGGCCGCUCUCCCUUCUCCCUUGGUUGCCGGACGUACUCCUCCCGCUGUUGCUGCUUCCCUCUCGGCGGAACAUCUUGCCGCAUCCCCCCAGGCCUUCUCUGUAGGGCAGCACCCGCAGCAGCAGACGUCACCAGCUGCUCGCUAUGCGCCCUCCACUCCGCCCCCGUCAGUGUACCGAGACGAGAGCGCGGCAACGGUUGCACCUUCGCCACCACCACCAGACGGAUCGAAUCACCACCACGCGACCGGCGCGAGCAGGAUAGGAAGGAGCGGCGGCGACGAUGCACGUUCUUCGGCUCCUCCCCGGGGUAGAAUCAGCGACGACGGAUGGCACCAGCCGCAUCAGGACGGGGAUCAGCAACAGCAGGGCGUGCUGCCGCCGCCGCGGCCACUGGAGGUCUGCACGGCGGUGCCGGUGGGGGUCACGGCCCGCGACAAGGAGCAGCAGCAGCUCCUGUACGGCGGCGCGGUGACUUAUUCCCUCCGGGGGGAGAUCGAUGAUGAUGAUGAUGAUGAUGCCGAGGGCGAAGAAGUCGACGACGCGCUCGGCGCCUUGCAGCAGCAGCAGCAGGAGGAGCUCAGCCUUGCCCGCCACCUGAGGGAGGCUUCCACCAAUACGGUGGACGCCGGGAGGGAAGGUCGUAUGGCGUACGGCGGCGGCGCGACGGGGGACUGGGGCGCGGGGCGAUCAGACGGGUACCACUUGCGACAGAGGGAGACAGCAAGGAACACUGCCGAUAUCGCCGCGCUGGGUUUUGUCGAUGCCUUCGAGGCGGGCGGUGUAGCUCACCACCAUCACCGAGGGAGCAGCGAAACAAUGAAGACCAUGUCGCGCUCGGGGACCCCGAACUCUCGGUGUGGAACUCCAGGCAGCUCCGCAGGCGGCAGGUCGAGGGGAGGGGCGUCGGCGUCGGUGGCGUCGUCGUACAUCAACUCUCUCGGGAGGGGGGCUAGUGAGGAUGGCAGGGGCGCAAGCGGCGGAACGAUGAAACGACCAUCCGCACGGCUGCAGAACGAAGCGAAACACUUCUCUGACCAAAAGCGAGGUGUGACGACGUCCUACAAGAGCGAGGAGCUGUACAAGCAAUACCACAAGAUCUCCUUCUUCCUGGUGGUGAUGGGUGUCGUCAUCGGCCUCGGCUCUCACGGCAUCGACGAGGGCAUACAAAUUUUUGUGCACUUGGGCGAGGAUAUAAUGGAAAAGGGCGGGGCGUUGCUGGGCGGCAGCACCGGGGCGAAGUUUUUUUGCUUUUUGCUUUACGACAUCAUUCUUACGGGGAUCGCGGCGAUGUUGACGGCGUACUUUUCGCCGGGAGUGGAGGGAUCCGGCAUCCCGGCGAUGAAGUACAUGAUGGACACGGACGACCUGGCCAAGAAGCUCCGGUCGUUUACCCUCGUCGCUGUCGUGGUCAAGGCGUGCGGUCUGAUGCUGGCGGCGGGCGGGGGGCUCAACGUCGGACGAGAAGGGCCGUACACGCACCUGGCGGGCAUGGUGUCGUACCAGCUCAUACAGCGGGUCCCGUUUUUCAAUGACAUCUUGAAGAAGGAGACCGUCUUGCGUCAGGUGCUUGCGGCGUCGGUUGCGGUGGGACUCUCCAGCACCUUCGCGGCGACGAUCGGGGGCGUGCUGUUCUCCAUAGAGAUCACGACGCUCUACUACGACGUGGGCAACUACUUCAAGGCAUUCGUGGCGGCCAUCUCCGGCACGGUGGCUGUCAGCGUCGUUCGCCACCUCGCCGAGUUCCCGGAGUACAUCGAGAGGGAUUUCUCGAAGGACGAGUUCAAGGUGUGGCAGUACCCGGUGUUCGCGACAAUGGGAGUGCUCUGCGGCUUGGUGGGGCCCCUCUACAUUAACUUCCGCCUCAACAUGCUUAAGGUGCUUAUGUUAAUUUCCACUACCAACAGGCUUAAGCUGGGACGCAAGCUGGGGAAGCACUCGAUACGGACAGUGCCUGCUCGACGAUGGGAGUACGUCAGGGCCGCAACCGCGGUAGCGUGCCUGGCGGCGGCAAUGACGGCAGUGCUUUCUUUUUUCCCGGGUCGAUUCACGCGGCUGACUCCCCUCACGACGUUUAAAGAGCUCCUGAUCGAGGAAGACUUGUCCAGCAUCUGGAGUUCGGGCUUCACCGACAGUGAGGAGAAGCUGUAG